AUGAGACUACUCAGCUCGAUAUCUUUCUUGCUGUGUUAUUUGCUGAUAUGGGUGCAAGCUAAGAGUGCGACUGGUGACCGACUACUGGUUGUGCUCGAAGAUACAGCAGACAAAGACCUCUAUAGCCAAUUGUGGUCCGAUCUCGAAUCGAGGUCGUUCGUACUACAGUUUGAGUCACCUAAGUCCGAAGCGUUAUCGCUAUUCAGGCUUGGAGCAAAGACGUAUGACCAUGUGCUUUUACUUCCACCCAAGUCCAAAGGCUAUGGACCGAACCUGACACCGAAGAACCUUCUCGAUUUUACAAAUGCAGGCGGUAACAUCCUGCUAGCCUUGUCCAGUGAAACGGCCAUCCCAUCUGCAAUUUCAAGUUUGCUCCUCGAAUUCGAUAUUGCUCUACCUACCGAUCGAUCGUCUCAGAUUAUCGAUCACUUCCACUACGAUACUACCUCCAGCGCCGACAGUCACAAUGUCCUUGUCCUGCCUCAGCCCAGACCAUCACGAUCAGAUGUGAUCAGUCUUUUUGGAGGAGAUGGUAUGUUGGCGGUGCCAAAGGCUGUCGGACAGACACUAGGUGCUGCGAGUACCCUGAUCAACCCCAUCCUCAGAGCACCGGAGACGGCAUACACAUACAACCCGAAAGAAGAGGCAGAUGCUGAACCAGAUGUAUUCGCGACGGGUUCUCAGAUUGCGCUGGUCUCCGCGCUGCAGGCAAGAAACAAUGCACGAUUUACUGUUCUAGGGUCUCUAGAGAUGUUACAAAACAAGUGGUUCGACGCUGAAGUCAAGCUACCAGGUGGCAAGCCUACUAAGACUGCGAAUAAGCAGUUUGCCAGACAACUAACAGAAUGGACAUUCAAGGAGAUUGGUGUACUCAGGGCUGGUCGUGUGCAACAUCACCAGAUAUUGGAUGCCUCGAAACCAAUAUCUAACACGACACAGGUUGGCUUUCCCGACCCAGAGAUUUAUAGAAUCAAAACUGAUGUGUCGUUCGCCAUUGAGCUAUCCCAGUGGGACCGCACUCAUUGGGCACCUUUCACGCAUCCCGCCUCGGAUGCUGUUCAACUCGAGUUUACGAUGCUUUCGCCCUUCCAUCGCUUAGCCCUGAGUCCAACAUCGACUUCCUUAAAUUCGACGACGUAUGGUACCACUUUCCGUACUCCAGACCAGCAUGGUAUAUUUGCAUUCAAGGUCAAUUACAAGAGGCCGUUCUUGACAGAUAUUGAGGAGCGUCGGCAAGUCACCGUACGGCACUUCGCUCACGAUGAAUGGCCGAGGAGUUUUGUGAUCACAGCAGCAUGGCCCUGGGUUGCUGGACUCUGGACAGUCGUGAUUGGAUUUGUGGCCUUUGUUGUACUUUGGCUGUAUUGUGAGCCUCCAAGAGAGGAAGUCAGUCAGAAGCUGCGGAAGGAGACCUCGUGA